AUGAAGGUUGACAGUGAUUUUACAAAUCCUAUGAAUGUCAGUUCUCAAAUCUCCAAUCAGAAUGUUAAUAACAAUGAAACUACCAUAAGAAAAGAAGUAAAUGGUAAAACUGUUGUCGGAGUUAUGCUUCCUGAUUAUCUCAAGGAGAAUCUGGACAUUGUUGUGAUUGGCAUCAAUCCAAGCUUGGGAUCUGGUAAUAUUUGUCACCAUUAUGCUGGAACGGGAAACCAUUUUUGGACAUGCUUAUACGAAUCAAGGCUUGUUCCUGUUGCUGUCGACUUUAAGGAUGAUGCUAAUGUUCUCAAAUAUGGAAUUGGCUUCACUAACAUUUGCACUAGAUCAACUAAAGGUACUUCUGAUCUCUCUCGUAAGGAUGUAAAAGAAGGUUCUGUUGCUAUGCUUGAGAAAAUUCGGUGCUUCAAACCAAAAAUUGCAGUUUUCAAUGGAAAGGGUAUAUACGAGACCUUUGUCGGACACAAAAAUUUCAGUAUGGGAAAGCAACCAGAGCCAUUAGAAGGCACAAAUACGGUGAUAUUUGUGAUGCCUUCAUCGAGCGCGCGGUGCGCUCAAUUACCGAGGGCGGAAGACAAAUUACCCUUCUUCGUUGCUUUGCGCAAGCUACGGGAGCAUCUUCGUGGUGAGAGACCGCAUUUAGAGGACUCAGAAGUAGUUUUUGCUGACUAUACGGAGUUUCGAGUGACGACUCCUGAUCCCAAGAGUUUGCGAAAGGCAGAACGUCGUCGGAAAAGGAAAGCCGAAGCUGCAGCCGCCGCUUCGGCUUUACAGCAAGGCUCGAAUCCCAUUGCCAGGGUCGAGCAAAAUACUUCCACUCCCGCAACAGCAUCAUCUCGAAAGAAAAAGAAGACAGCAGGUGGAAUACAAAGUCAACAAACAAGCAAUGAAGUAACUAAGGCUUUAUCAGCAGCAAAUCCAUUCUUUUCGCCUGAUCAAUUUCAGCAGCAACUGCAUCCUUCAUUUCUGCAGGCUCAAGCAUCUCAACAACCACAGUUUUUCACCAUGCAACCAGGAGCGCAUUUCCAGACUCCCGGUUCUUCGCAGACUCAUGCUGCUCAUCCCCAUCAAAUGUUUGUCUCAGCAAAUGGUCAAUUUAUGACCUCAGGACCUAUGGUAUCGAUUGCUGUACCAGCACCAGGCACUCAACAGGCAAUAUCGGCAACAGCUAAUGCUUCAAGUGGUACCACUGCUUGCUAUGGCUCGCCCUUCCAACCCUUCCUCAUGGGUCAAUCAGCAGCAGGUCAGUCCGCGGGUAUGGUUGCCUGGCAACCCACAGCCGCGUGGUCAGCUUAUCAGCACGCGGCUGCAGCUGCGGCGGCUGCCGCAGUUUCUGGAGGAAUGUCCCAUCAAGCUCAAGGCCUCUCCCAACAACAACAACAGCAACAACAGCAGCAGAACUCACAACAAUCGACCCAGGUGCAAAACCAACAACAACAACAUGCAUUCGGUGUACAAACUUCACAGCAGACCCAACAGACAUUGCAGCAGCAGCAGCAGCAACAUUUCGUGUUCACUGGAUCCCAAUCUACCGUCACUCCGAACGCUAACUCAGCUGCUGGUUACCAUCAGCAACUCUACCUGGCCUCCGCACCAACUGCGACAGCUACGAACCCGGCUGCGUCUUAUCACCUGUUGCCAGUGGGUUGCCACCCCCAGCAGCCCAGCUUCACGGGAGGCCUUUUCGUACCGCCCGAUCAACACCAGGCUGCCGCAGCCGCCGCUGCCGCCGCUGCAGCCGCCGCGGCUGCUGCUGCCAUGCACAGCACUGGAGCACCUCCAACCAACUCCACCGGCGGACAGCCUCCUUCGACAGGCUCUAUGGCAUCUCACAUGGAUAAUUCAUUCAAGGGGGUUAUGUCAGCAAUGAGUGGAGGUGGAUGCAAUGUUAACGCGAUGCCCAAUUUCUUCUCAGCGCUCUCCGCACAUACAGCUUCAAAUAAGUCGUCCAGCACGGUGUCUAUGGCUCAGAGUGCGGCAAGUGGCGGCGAUGAAACCGGAGGGAGUGGUGGAAAUACUGGUUCAUCCGCUGUUUCCACAUCCACUUCGGUGGCUCCAAGUAAUCAAGCGUCCUCUUCUUCUGUUGUCUGCCAGGCCACGGCAGCUCCCGACGAAAAAGUGGUCUACAGUGCUCUCUAA